AUGGGCGUCGCGGAGAUUGCGAAGAAGGUCGACGCCCUCAAGGCCGAGCUCGCCGCCAAGUCGUCCCGCAUCGCCGACCUGGAGGCCCGGGUCUCGCUCCUCGAAGCCGAGAACGCGCGCUUGAGGAAGGCCAUGUCCGAGGGAGUUGCGAUGAACCGUAGAGCCAAAAAGGGUCCAACCUUUGGUCGAUUGGAGGAGGGUCUCGGCGGAAACAAGCAAAAGUCAGCCGACAUCGCGGGCGGGCAUCUGAUGAAUGAUGUCAUAGAGGUCAGCGACGGCGAGGAAGAGGGGAUGGCUGUGGAUGUCAACAGCGGGGAGGAGGGCGUUCCUCCGGUCCCGACUCCUAGCAAGUGUGCGGUGCGGGUGGUGACCGGCAAGAGGGGUGUUGCAGAGGAGAUUAAGGACGCCGAUGGAGGUGGUGGGCGAGACCAUGGGAGCGUUCGCUGUGAUGGCAAUGUGAUUCUGGACGACGAUGAUGUUUUGAUCACGCCACGAGGCAAGAAGCGCACAGCGACACGGGUAAUCAGUGACAGUGAGAGUGAGGAUGAAGAUGAGAAUGGUCAAGGGCAUGGAGAUGGUGAGGUGGGUGUUAGAAGCAGCAGGAAAUGUUUGUUGCGUGGAGUCAGUGACAGUGCGAGUGAGGAUGGCAGUGAGGGUGUUCGUGUGGUUAAUCAAAAACCUGUUUCACCUCUAGUUACGACAGGGGUCGAGAGUGAGGAUGACGAUGGUGAAUUACAUGAGAUGGAGGGGCGUUCUACUCCGGCAACAAGGCGCUUCGCUCGGUUGGCUGAAGGUCAAUCAAAGAGAAUGCGACCUACACGUCGGAAACUUGAGUUUUUUGAACCCAAGAAUCAUGAAGAGAGCGAGGAUGAUUCAGAAGAGGAUGAUAAUAUGGAAAAUUUUAUAGUAGAUGAUUCAGAUUGUUCAGAAAAUUCUGCUGAUUCUGUUGAAGAAUCCUCUGCUGGACCAGAAGAGUCUGACGACGAGGAAACUUAUAAAGAGCUUAUGGAUAGGAUACGCGGCAAAAGGAAUGCCAAGAAUAAGGAUUGGAAGAUUGAGCCAGAGAUGCUAUCAGCAUUUGAUGAAUACCCUGAACUUCGCCUGAAAGCUGUUUGUGCCCUCUAUCGAAAGCAGACCCAGGAAGAACAGGCAGGAAAAGCUAUUAUCAUGCACAACAAAAAAGGAUUUAACCAGAUAGACGCCCGAAGAAAUCUAGGCCACAUGGGUGUAGGUUUAACUGUCAACAUGUCAAGCUCAGUUUUUAGGGGUUCUAACAUAGCGCAGUUUCUUCUGGAUGGUGAUGCUGCUGGGCCGCUUAAGAAGACUGCACAAGACUUGGAAAAUUACGAUCGUAAAUCUAUCUCUAUCCUUGAAAUGUUACCCAAGGAGUUGUUCUGCAUUGUUCAAUUGCUUUUUUCAUGGAGUCAGAAUGUCACUAUUUCUCUCCUGCGCGUGCGCUUCAAUAAUGAAUGGAAGCGCCAAAACCCACUUAGGAGCUUAGAUGUCUUUUACGGCGCUCACAACUGGUCUUUGAAGAUGCCCUGCAAGCGUCAACUGCUGAAAGCGCUCAUUGAUGCCUACGCGUCCCGCGGAGAGGGCGUGGAAGAUGGGAGGGUGCUGUUUGAUGCGUUGGGGAGUGGACGUACUGCCGCGUCGUGGAAGUUGGUGAUUGCUGGGUAUAACAAUGAUUCAGCUCUGAGACUUGGGAAGCAGGUCCAUGGCACUUUCCUUCAGAGAACCUAUGACAAGGGCCUACAAACGAGCAAUACCCUUGUGAACAUGUACUCCAAUUCUGGGCGCAUAACAGAUGUGAAGCCUAAGAAAUAUGUUUACGUGUGUGUCAUCGAUCUCCUUGCUCGUGCAGGGACGCUGAGACAUACAUUUGAUCCUAUUGAUAAAAUGCAAUUUGCUCCUGAUGAAUCUUUUUGGGGAGCAUUAGUUGCCUGCAAGAUGCACAGGAAUGUGGAGCUGGGCAGAUUGGUUGCAAGGAAGAUCAUCGAGGUCAAUCCUGAUGGAGCAAAGAAUCACGUCCUACUUGAUAUGCUGCAGGUAGCAAAUGGGAUUUACAUGGUCAAGUUGUGCCUGGAUGAUUCAUUAGUUGGAGCAAAACACUAG